AUGUUCCAACCCAGUUUCGCCGUCGCCGGUCAGCACACGGAGGUGGCGACGAUGACAACGGCCGCGAGGAAAGAAGAGCGGCGGGCUAGCGAGCCGCCACGCGCACCGCCGCAGCGCGGCCGCAGACGCGGCACCGCGCCGUCUUCCUCCAUCGCUGGUGUUCCUUCUUUUCAAUCAACGUCGAAGAAGAAGGAGAGUCACAAGAAGAACAGCAGCCGGAGUCCGCCCACAGAAGCGAAGGAUAUGGGCAGCUCGCAGCAGCAGGAGUUCCACCCGUUAUUAGGGAACCUCUUUGGCGGUGCUGCGGGCGGCGAUGAACACCUCCUCUUCAGCCUGGACACGGUGGUUGUCGCCGAGGCGGACCGCAGCCCAUCGUCGCGGUCGCAGCAGCAGCAGACGCAUGACACGACCGAAGAACAAAAACGGCGAAUGGAUGUGAGCGACAGGGUCCUACUCGACGAGGCGUGCCCGCUCCCCAUGGAGGCUCUCAAUCCACCCACACCUGCCGCGCGAACAGGCUCGGCGGGCGGUCACCCGUCUGGCCACCCCAUCGCCAGUGUGUGCGCAACAACCAUCGGGGAAGGGAGCAUCGAUCAACUGCCCUCUGCGUUCGGCAGCCCUUUGCGGGACUUCUCCGCCACGCAUCGACCGACCGUCGAUCCUUCCACCCCCCUCACUGCGGCACCUGCGGCGGCCGGCAAGAACCGCCCUGCGCCUGACCCACCGAUGGGAAAGGAGAGAGGCCCGCAGCGGCAGUCCCACCGGCCACCCCCACCACCACCGCCGCCGCCGCAGCAGUUGUUGAGCGGCGGCGGCGUCAGUGAGGAGGGGAGUCUGGACGGCCGUCUCAGCACCGGCUCCGUGCCACUGUCGACUGGGACAGCCGCCUCCGACAAUGUACAGUACCAGCAAGACCGAUUCGGACGUCGCAGCGGCCUUCCGCUCAGUCAACAGGGGGCAGGCGAUGGCUAUCACUACCCGUACGCCGCCCCCGCGCUCUCCCCGCAGCACCACCACCAGCAGCACCACCACCAGCAGCAGCAGCAACUCUAUGGCGUGCCGCUCCCCAGCCCAUCCAGCCUGCGCACGCCGCCGCCGCCCCCCGUCAUCGGCGGCCAGUGGCCUCCGGCGCGGCCCCUUAACAGUCGCGGCAACGGUUUCCCGCAGGACCCCCUCUCUCGCCGUCGCCGUCCUCGAGGCAGUCCGUGCCGCUGUACGGCGCAUCAAACCCCACCACCGCUGCCACUGGCCCAUUUAGCUUCGCCCACUUAUCUCCUCUACCAGGGGGCACGCGGGCCGGUCCACAUCCGCAGCAGCAGCACGUCGCCGGCAAUGCCUUGGGUGGGGCCCAGCUUUUCACUGGCGGCGGUUCGCUCCCGGAGACGCCGACCUCCUCCCCUAGGGCGGCGCCGCCUUUUCCUCUACGGCCGCCCCGUGUCGCCGACGCCGUCGGGCAGCUCGACCACCUCCUCCAGCAACUACUACCGUGCAUUUCACCACCUCGGGACGCCUAGGACGUCGCGGUUGGCUUCGCUGGACGUGGCCGAGGCAAUUCCCUUCACCCCUCCGCGCCCCGCCGCCGGGGCUUAUUGGCAGAGCCGAAAGGCCAAUCCGGAGGCCGUGGACGCGCGCCCAACCGCAUCCGGCCCCCCUUCGUCUUCCCUGCAGCAACAGCAGCAGCAGCAAGUAACCAGCGGCGGCGGCGGCAGGCCCUACGUGACGACCCCCUCGCCCUCCACGACACGCCCCACGGCGUCCUUCCCCAUUCCCGCCGCGUUUGCCUACCGCGGCGCUGGCGGCUUUGUUGAGGGCUACGCCGUGGCGGGCGCACCGCUGCAAGGCUCGGCGGACCAGGAGAAGGGACACCACCAACGUCGUUCACAGCGGAAGGGCGACGCGACGGGCAGCGGUGGCACACCGCUGGAGGAGGCACGCGGACGCCUUCCUCGGGCGACGGCGGUUCUGCGGGGAUGGCCGAGCCGCCUCCCGCACCAGCCAGACCUCUCCACCGCCCCAGGCUGCCGCCGCCGCCGCGAAAGAAAAGGGGCGACGCCGGCACUCACUAAAGGCUCAGGAGGCUACAGGAGCGCCUGCGCACGGCGAUGA